AUGGCUCCCCGUUACCAAAGCGUUGCCGUGAUCGGCGCAGGUCCAUCGGGUAUCUCUGCAGUCAAGGCGCUGAAAGAAGAAAACAUUUUUCAGAAUAUCCGUCUAUUCGAGCGACGCGAUAAAGUGGGAGGAAUAUGGCAUCUUGAUGAAACGCCCGAUCAAUUCCCUGUGCAACGUUCACCAAACCUAAAAGAUGACAAGCUACCACUUCGCCUUCCAUCGUUGGAGCCCCCUUCCCCCGAAGACACGACGGAGCGCACUGGUAUCUAUGAAGGCCUCGAUAGCAACGUGGGUGCCAAGGCUAUGUCAUUCACGCACACACCGUUUCCUGAAGCCAACUCUGCUUCAUCCACUCGAAACUUGGGACGUUUAAACGCGACCCGACCAUUUCGAGUUGUUCGAAAAUAUUUGGAGGACAUCUUCCAGGACUACCUUCACCUCGCUUCUCUCAACACGACGGUAGAGAAGGUGGAAAAGCAUUGUCAAAAGUGGCACCUCACACUUCGUCAAUCCGGGCACUCUGAUGGAAAGAGUCCGAAGGACUAUUGGUGGCAAGAAGAGUUCGACGCUGUGGUUGUUGCAUCAGGUCAUUACAGCGUGCCAUUCGUUCCUUUCAUCCCCGGGUUAGGUGAUGCCGCUACACGCUAUCCGAAAGUGUUUGAACAUUCCAAGGAGUUCAGGCAAGCGGAUGAUUACGUUGACAAGCGCGUUGUGGUCGUUGGAGGCAGUGUCUCUUCGGCAGACUUAGUGGCUGAUUUACAUGCAAUUGUAAGAGGUUCACUGGAAUUGUCGCAGAGAGGCAAAAACGAAGCACUCCAGUCAGCUUGGGAUCUACCUAAUGUCAAUGCACGACCAACGAUCAAGGAAUUCAAAACUACUGAAGAUGGGAUCACUGUUGUUUUCUCUGACGAUGCUGUGUUAGAGAAAGUUGACAAGGUCAUCUUUGCGACAGGGUACAAGCUCUCAUACCCCUUCAUGGUUCCAGACCCGGUCACCGCCAACAACCGACUUUCCGGCUUUUACCAACACAUUUUCAAGAUUGGAGACCCAUCAUUGGCGCUUGUUGGUCAAGUCCGUGCAGCAAUUAGCUUCCGCGUUUACGAAUACCAGGCUGUGGCUGUGGCCCGCUACUUUGCUGGAAGGAACGCAGUGCCUUUGCCAAGCCCUCAAGAGCAAGAUCUUUGGGAGGUGAAGAGGCUCCAAUACAAAGGCCCCACAGCCCUGUUCCAUGAGAUCAAGCCCGAUUUUGCGGACUAUUUUGGCUUCUUGACAGCAUUGGCUGGUCCCCCGGCACCUGGAACUGAUGCAUAUGAACUUCCUCCCUGGGAAGAUCGGUGGGCAGAACAAGGGUUUGAAAUUCUUCAAGCUAAGGAUAGAUACUGGAAGUCACUGCGAAAGGCGGCUGACAAUGACCGCUCACUAGCGGCCAAAUUGUGA